CUCUCUAGAACAGCUAGUUAAAGAGGCAGUAUCCUUUUAAGCUUCAGCGAAGCUCCAAACUCUUCUCAGCAGAAAAGGAAGCAUUGAGGAUGCUGACAGAUGCACCAAGGAGCCAGAAUACAAGACAACCUUACAGGCUUACAGUUUGAAGCUGCAACCUUCCCCCUUUGCCUUUUUUCCUUUUCCUUUGCUGGGCUCUGCAACUUACACACAACUGGAGAUCACUUUACAGUUGAUGAGGUUUUCCAGCAUGGGUCCAUUGGCAGUGCAUCCAUCCCUUUCUAUGGACUGCACCACACCAAGGAACAGAAGGCACCAGUUUUAGGGAGGGAAGGGACUUGCCAGGUGGCAUUCUGAAACCCAUGGUUGCCGCUGGCCAGCUAGAUGCUGGGUGAGAGAUUCGGUCUUGUGGUCUGGGCUGCUAUGGGUCAGCGAGAGCCACUCUGUGGGUUUGCUGUUUGGUUUCCUUUGGCUCUUCUUCUAUUGGGUGGAUCAGUUCUGGGGCACAGAGGCCCAGCUGUGCAAGGGGACAGCCCGCGUUUGAGGGCAGGGAGCAACAGGAAUGCCAGGAGCUAUCACCACCUGGAGGGCGACGUUCGCUGGAGGCGACUCUAUUCGUCAACCCAUUUCUUCCUACACAUUGACAGCACUGGCAAAGUAGAAGGGACUCGUUGGAAGAAGUGUCCAUACAGCAUUGUGGAGAUCCGCUCAGUUCACGUGGGUGUUGUUGCAAUUCGAUCCAUUCACAGUGGCUUCUACUUGGCCAUGAACAGAAAGGGGAAAAUCUACGGGACGAAAGUGUACAGCCUCAACUGCAAAUUCAAGGAGCGCAUUGAAGAGAAUGGCUUCAACACAUACGCCUCACUGCACUGGCACCACGAAGGCCGACAGAUGUUCCUCUCCCUUAACGGCAAGGGCAUCCCACGACAGGGGACAAAGACCUAUCGGCAGCACCUCUCCACCCACUUCCUACCCAUGCUCCUUGACUGAUGAGCUUGCUUUCCAUACACUGGACUAUUUUAUUGUAUGUGUAUUUAAUUUUUUCUAUUUAUUGUUUUUGUUUUAAAAAAUGAAGGAUAAGAGUCUGUUAAACAGCAAGGAAUAAAGCCAGUAUUGAACACUGUU